AGAGUGCUGAGUUCACUAUGAAGCAGUAUAGAAAUGUAAAUGCUAUUGCUGGCCUGUUUGCCCAGUGAUUGCUGACAGAGGAUAACAUAUAUCACAUUAGAAGGAUGAUGAUGAUGAUGAUGAUGAUAAUAAUAAUAGUAAUAGUAAUAUUUAUUUAGGGCUCACCUCUACCCGGAGGAUCGGGGCGCGUUACAAUCAAGAAUAAAACAUAGUAAAAUAAUAACACAAUCUCUAACCUACAAUUAAAAUACAACAGCAUAAAAAUAGUUUUUCUCACACAACCAAGGAUCUUGUCCACGUCAUCAGUACUUACCAACUCGAAUUGAUCCAGUUUAACAACAUAAGCGGAGUUGCUGGAUACCUCUCUUACUGCUUCUGCUGCAAUGCUCUGGUCUAAGUCUGAUGAACAAGGAAAAGUACUUCUAAUAUUCAUGAACCCCUUCACAGGCCUGGUGAACAGCUUACGUGCCACAUGGCAGUCAGGAAGGACACGCUCUAUAGAGUAUCGGAAAGAGCAGCUGGAGGCAUUGGGCCGCUUCUUGGAUGAGAAGAAGAGUAAUCUCUUCCAUGCCCUACAUGAUGAUUUGCACAAACCUGCUUUUGAAGCCGAGCUCUCAGAAGUUUCCUUUACGAAGAACGAGGUGAAUUAUGCCCUUAACAACCUGGACCAGUGGAUGAAAGAUGAAUAUGUGACCAAAAAUCUAGCCACCAAGCUUGACAGUGCCUUCAUCCGCAAGGACCCCUUUGGUGUGGUGCUCAUCAUUGCCCCUUUUAAUUAUCCCCUUCAGCUUGCCUUGGUGCCUCUGGUGGGGGCUAUUGCAGCUGGAAAUUGUGUGGUUCUGAAACCUUCUGAGAUAAGCAGCUGUACUGAAAGGCUCCUUGCUGAAGCUUUGCCUUGUUAUCUUGACCCAGAAGCCUUUGCUGUGGUGACAGGUGGGGUCAAAGAGACAACGAAAUUACUGGAGAACAAGUUUGAUUACAUUUUCUUUACAGGGAGCCCCCGUGUGGGGCAGAUUGUUAUGACUGCAGCAGCCCAACACCUGACACCAUUGACUCUGGAGCUGGGGGGCAAAAAUCCAUGCUAUGUGGAUAAAUCCUGUAAUUUCCAGAAUGCAGCCAACCGGAUAGUGUGGGGAAAGUUCUUCAACGCUGGCCAGACGUGCACUGCACCCGACUACGUGAUCUGUACCACUGAAACACGAGAGAAGCUGAUGCCUUGCCUGCGCCAGGCCAUCGGUCACUUCUAUGGCUGCAACCCCCGUGAAUCACCAGACUUUGGCCGCCUAGUCAAUGAAAAGCAAUUCCAGCAUGUCCAAGCUUUGCUGAAGUGUGGCCGGGUGGCCAUAGGUGGCGAGACAGAUGAAGGUGACCGUUACAUUGCCCCAACAGUGUUGGUUGAUGUGAAGGAGUCAGAGCCAGUCAUGCAGGAGGAGGUUUUUGGGCCUAUCUUGCCCAUCUUUACUGUGGCUGACUUGGAUGAAGCCAUCCGGUUCAUCAACUGUAGGGAACGCCCAUUGGCUGCCUAUGCUUUCUCUUCUGACUCCAAGAUUGUGAAUCAAGUAUUGGCUUGCACCAGCAGUGGUGGCUUUUGCGGCAAUGAUAUCUUGAUGCAAACAACGUUGAUCUCCUUACCUUUUGGUGGCAUCGGAUGCAGUGGCAUUGGGAAAUACCAUGGCAAGUUCAGCUUUGACACAUUCACUCACCACCGUGCCUCCCUCUUGCGCAGCAUGGGCCUGGAAGCAAUCAACUCAGUGCGCUACCCGCCAUAUGCUGACCGCAGCUUAGGGCUGCUGCUUUCUACUACGGAGGUCAAGCGCAAGGGCAUAUGCACUCUGCUAUGAGCUCCCUUGAACCCGAUAGACCUUAUGCUAGGCUGAUCAUACGUAUCAUUUUAAAUGGGACUGAACCUUUCUUUUUCAUAUUUUCAGAUUGCCCUGUCUUUUUAAUAUAAAUGUCAAAUUUGCCCUGUUUUCAAGAAAAAUGAGCUGUUACCUUGGAAAAAUGCUUUGAAGAUUCCUGUUUGAAAUCGUGGUAAAAAAAUUGUCAUGGAAUUGAAUAGAAAAUUUGCUGUCUAAGAUUACUUUAUCAGAGAAACAUUCAUGGUACAAUCGUGCUGAAAUCCAGUCUACGUCUGCCUAAAAUUUUGUAUGAGUUCUGUCAGUGAAGAAUAAUUGUUAGCUCAAUACGUUAAUCUAAUAAAACUUUUGUUAUUGUUUUAA